UCCACUUGAUGUCGCUUAUCUCUGCACGCGCAGCAGCAGCGGCUAGUAGGUAAAGUAGGUUAAGAAUAUAUUUUGCUGCUGUCCACAAGUUACGAAUUAUACGUCAGAAAUUUAAAUUCCAAUCUUGUCAAUGAUGGAUUACAAAGAUGAGCAGCGCAAUGAGAUCGAAGCCUUGGAGUCAAUUUAUUGCGGAGAACUGGAAAUUUUAGCGACGGAACCGUAUUAUAUAUUUGCUAUUCCGAUUAAAACGGAGGAAUAUGAACCAGAAACUGUGAACGGUCUCAGUUGUCGAUUAGAGUUUACGUACACGGCAAGGUAUCCAGAUGAACCGCUGGUCAUAUCAAUCACCGAGCAGGAAAACUUUGAGGAUGGAGAUGAUGAGAAUUUAAAAGCGCAUCUGGCAGAACAGAUGGAUGAAAAUCUCGGUAUGGUAAUGGUUUUUACGUUAGUUAGCGCAGCUCAGGAAUGGCUUAAUGUACAGUGGGACAAAAUAAAAUUAAAGAGAGAAGAAAGCGCUGCACAAAAACGGAGGGAGGAAGAGGAGGCAGAAAGAAAACGAUUUGAGGGAACCCGCGUAACCGUGGAAUCUUUUCUCAGUUGGAAAGAGAAAUUCGAUGAGGAAAUGGGUUACACAAAACGAAGAGAAUUGGCAGACCGUGAGGGAAAAAAGUUAACUGGAAAAGAAUUGUUUAUGACUGACAAAACAUUGGAUCAGUCGGAUCUGAAAUUCUUAGAUGAUGGCGAUGCUGUAAAAGUUGAUGAGAGCUUGUUCCAAAAUCUGGACGAUUUAGAUUCUGAAGACGAUGAUGAGGAUGACCCGGACUUUGAUCCAAAUAUAUCGGAUAAUAGUGCCUAAAUGAGUUUGAUUCAACGCGUUACUAAUGUAAACUGAUAUGUAGAAAAAAUCAGAAAAAUACUAAAUUAUUACAGAUAAAAUUAUUACUAAGGAAUGAAAUAAUUUUAUACUUCUGUAUAUAUGAAUUCUGUUCGUAAGUUUCCUUUAUUAAAGAAGAAUAUAUCUAUUUUAUAUUUAA